CAUAUGUCUGACCUGAAAAUCCAACAUCAAAAUCUUGUUCAAAAUCCGGCAAAUAACAUGUGGUCUAAUAAUUUCAUUCAUCAACCAAAUAAGAAAACAAUAACAUAUAUUGUUACUCUUUCUUGUUUUGACACACAUUUAUUUUGACAAAGGCUUGAUUUAAGAAGCAAAAGAUGAACGACUUGCCUUGUAAUGUGUGCGGAAGCACCGAUUUGAAUCUUGUAGACGGUUUCUAUUAUUGCGUAGAAUGCGGUACCCAAGACGUAAAUGUUCGGGAAACAAUAGUCGGCGACUCAUUUUUUGCCGAUGGCACAAAGCUUGUGGCACAAGGAAAGAAGUUUUCAAUAAUGGUUAAAGAGGGAAUACAAAUGAGUGCAGAAUGGUAUAAAUGGCAUGCAUACAAUUUCAUACUUUAUGGUCUCACGGAAGAGUUGAUAAAACUUGGAGCUAAACAGAGCAUCAAGAUGAAAGUAUUCUGGAUAUGGACAAAAUAUAUGAAGAAAUUUCAUGAGAAAGAAGAAAAAGAAAAUGUAGACAAUCAGAGUAAAAUUGAAGAUACCACACAUAAAAGAAGAAGAUCUAAUAGUUCUGAAUCAUUAGACGGUACAACAGACCCUGACUCUGAAGAAGAAGAGACUAAACCCGCAAAAUAUGUUAAAAACAUAAAAAUAAUCACAAAAGGUUUACUAUUAGCUAUAUUAUAUUUAGCUUUGAAUUUUGACAGAAGUCCAAUACAAUUAUCACAUUUAUUCAGAUAUAUUAAAGAAGAUAGAUUAAGUCUUGUUAAAUGUAUAAAAUUCGUACCUAAAGAAAUUGAAACGGACCUAAUACCAUGGUGGAAAAACUUUUGUCAAUGCAAACAUGAUUAUAAAUCUAAAACAAUAUUGUAUAUUGCUAUGACUUGCAUUAAAGUUUUGGAUCUCGGUUAUCCGAUAGUUCCUGAUUUUAAUAAAAUAAUAAACACUUAUAUUAAAGAAUUGUGUCUACCUAAUGAUUUUAAAAACUUAGUACUCUCUUUAAUGCUUUAUCAACCAUAUGAUUAUGUUAAAGUAAAUAAAUUGACAAUAAAGAAAACAGUUCGAAUACCUGAUUAUGAAUCUGUUGCAAUGGCUUACGUACUUAUAGCACUUAAAAUGUGCUUCGGGUUAGAUGGAAACUAUGAAUUAAAAAUAUCAGAAACAGUCGCUAAAAUUAACAAUGAUGAGAAUCGUAUUAAAUCAUACAAAAUAGGUAUGUACGUUGAAACUACUGAUAGAUUGUUUUCAUUCGAAGAAUGGACACGUUUCUUACAGUUCAGAAAGAUUUUAAUCUGUCAAUAUUAUUUACCAAUGGCAAGACAUUAUAAUUCAGAGGUUGAUGAUUACGUACUUAUGGAACAUUUAGAAGAAAGACGCAAAAGAAAUGUUAAACUAAGUGAUGAAGUAACGAUGGAUAUUUUAAAUAAAAUACCGUACACAAGUAAUAUGAAUGUAAUACCUAAAAUUGAAUUUCUACCUUCUUUGAUUCCAUUAUCUACAUAUACUGAUGUUGUAUUAAAUAUUGUUCCUAACGAUGAAAUAAGAUUGUUGUUAAGCGAGGAUUUCUCUCAAUACAAUCUAAAAUAUGCAAUAGAAGAUCUUAAACUUAAAAAUAUGGACGACGAAGUAAUUGUUGUAAAUGGUAUAGAUGAAACAAAAUUAAAAAUAGAACCAAAAUUAGAUAAAACCAAGGAUGAAAAACGAUCUGAUAGGAGUAUGGUUUUUGUAAGAAAUUGUGAAAAUAAAAAUUGGUUGAAAACAAAACCUCCCGCUUUAGAGCAUAUCAAACAAAAUGAAGAUGAAACUCUAGUUUCAGAUAAUGGCUAUGAAUCUAGUUUGGAUACAGAAGUUAAAAUUGAAGAAUAUAUUAAAGAAGAUAUUAAACAUGAAUAUUUUGAAGAAGAACAAGAAGGUAUUAAUAUAUUUGAUGACGAUUUUUUAGUUAAAGACGACAAAUCAAUUAUAGACGAACGAGGAAAUAUAGAAAUCGAAAUACAAAAUUUUGCUACAUCAAUUUCAGGCCAACAACAUAUACAAAUGGAAGAAAAUUUCAGUACAGGACAAGUAGAACUUGAAGAACCUGGAUUAGAUGUUGAAUUUAAUGAAAAUAAUUUCAAUAAAGAAGCAAUUAUAAACGAUUUAAUGGCUUUAGCAAUGAAAAAGUACAAAGUUAAAUUACCAAGAGAAUACGUUCCAAGGCCAAGAAAACGUAAAGCAGAUAACGAAAACAUUGAACGUUUGCCAAAAAGACAGAGAAGAAAAACUUGUGAUGUAAAACAGAAAAUAAAUGAUAUGAUUGGUUCAUAUUAUAGUCAAAUAGAAACAGAUAUAUUAACCAAAAUCUCCGAGAAAGUUAAAGAAGCUUUUGAGAGACAAGAAAAUGAUCAAGAUGUCAACAUAAGUGAUAAUUUACUACCAAAUGAUAAUAAUGGUAAUGAACAAAUAAAUGAAGUAAUUGAUCAUGUAAAUAACUCAGUAAAUACUGAUGAAAAUGACAGUAUAGAGAAUAUAAAUGGAACUAAAAUUGAAGAACAAAAUUCAGUUACUAAUUUAAAUAAAGAAAAUCCAGAUUUUGAUGCAAAAACACAUGAUAUCGGCCAAUUGUUUGUUAAAUUAAAAAAUGUUGAAAUUGAUGAAACGGUAGCUAUAAGUGAAGAUCCGAUAUUAGAUGAAAUAAUUGUUAGUAAAAUUGAAAAAUUCACUAACAAAAAGAGUUUUUUCGAUGAAAUACCAAGUGUAAGGAGAAACAAAAUAAAUGUUUGUUUAUCAGAUGACAGUUGCGAUGAAGAAAUGGAGCAAACAGAUAGAAGUAAAGAAUAUUUCCCGCCUUUAAUCAGUUCAACACAAAUCAGUAAAUUUAAUUAUUGGCUUAGAUUUUACAAUACCGAUAGUAUAACUAGAUAUUCGCAGGCUAAUUUUAAAUUCGAUUCCGAACUAAAAGAAAGGUAUCCAGCUAGUUUUUGUUUCGUUAUGAACGAAUGUACUAAUAUAGUCUGUUGUUCGACAUUUAAUCUUUAUAACGAUAUGCAGAAGUUAGAACAAAUGAUUUUGAAGAAACUAAAUAUUUCAUACAGAUGACAGUUUGUUAAAACUUUGAAGGUUAUAUUGUUUUUUAAAUUAA